UUGAGACACGCCCCUCCUCUCUGUCUCUCUCUGUCUCUCUGUCGCUCGCUUUCUCCCUCUCUCACACACACACACAGAGAAAAGAGGUCAGAUUGUACUGGUAUUACGGUAAUAUCUUUCCCAGGCUGCGCACUUUUCCAGCUUUCUUUAGUUUGGGGUAUUUGAAAAGAAAGUCCAUCCAAGAACCCAAACGCGUACAAUCUAAUGUGCGCACAUAGUGACAUUUAGACCCACAAUCUUAUCAUAGCCUUUCAUCGGUCUAAAUUAUGGGAUUUGAUUUGGAUCGUUUCAGCGCUGUUGUGGACCCUGACUUUAAAUGCAAUUUGUGUGGUAAAGUUUUAGAGGACCCGCUGACAACUCCGUGUGGGCACGUCUUCUGCGCCAGCUGCGCAAUUCCCUGGGUCGUGCAGCAAAAUAGUUGUCCCGUCAAAUGUCAGCGAGUUUCUACCAAAGAACUAAACCAUGUAUUGCCUCUCAAAAAUCUUAUCCUGAAACUGGACAUAAAAUGCGACAACUACGCAAGAGGCUGCAAGCGAGUGGUGAAGCUCCAACAUCUGGCUGAGCACACCGAGAUGUGUGACUUUUCUCCGGCGAAAUGCAGAAAUAAAGGCUGUAACGAAGUGCUGAAUUUGAAGGAUAUGGAUACUCAUAUGCGGGAAACGUGUGAGUACAGACCGGUGGAAAUUUGUGAGAAUGGUUGUGGAUUGAUGCUGCUGCACAAAGACCAGAAAACAGACAAUCACUGUUGUUUAAAAGCUCUCAAAGGGAACAACAGCGUACUUCAAGCGAAAACGGGCAGUCUGGAGAAGGAACUGAAGAGACAAUCGCUGAGAGCCAUCAGCAGAGAGAAAUCUUUACUCGCUCAACUCUCUGCGGUGCACAGCGAGCUUCAGAUGACUGCUUUGAAAUACCAGAGGAAAUUUGCCGAGUAUAACGCACGGCUUGAUUCACUUUCCAAGAGCAGAACCCCCGCGCUCAAGGACGGGGACACCAGGAGUCUCAAGGUUACUCUGCAUCGAUCAUCUGGAUCUCUGGGCUUCAACAUCAUGGGUGGCACCUCCUGUGGGGACCCUGAGGAGGUGCAUUUGACGGAUGAGAUUCUUGUGUCAAAGGUCGUGGAGAAUGGCCCAGCAGACAAAGAGGACGGUCUGCAGGUACAUGACAGGAUUAUGGAGGUGAACGGUAAGGACCUGUCCAGGUCCUCGCAUGACCAGGCUGUGGAGGCCUUCCGUCUGGCCAGAGACCCCGUGGAGGUGCAGGUGCUGCGACGGAUCUCCAGCACACACACACCGGCAGCGGUGACCGGCACACACACACACACACCGGCGGUGACCGGCAGGCCCGAGCGCGAGCACAAAGGAGUGGACAGCAGCACCCAGACGGACGCCUAUCCCACCCCGGAGCACCUAUCCCACCUAUCCCACAUGCCUUCUUCUCCCAUGGGGCCCCUGGCUAUGACUAUGCCCAUGCUGGGGGAAUACCUGCUACCCAAAGAAUGCAUGCCCAGCUGUGAGUGUCUGUACUCCAGUGGAUACCUGGAGGGCAUUCAGCGAGAGCUGGAGAGAGAGGAGCUCGAGUAUGAGGAGGUGGAUUUGCAGAGGAUGAGCGCUCGGGACAAGCUGGGUCUGACGCUAUGCUACCGCACGGACGAGGAUGAGACCGGGGUUUACGUCAGUGAGAUUGAUCCAAACAGCAUUGCAGCACAAGAUGGCCGCAUUCGAGAAGGUGACAGAAUUAUUCAGAUAAACGGAGUUGAGAUCCAGACUCAUGAGGAUGCGGUGGCUCUGCUGGCCAGUGAGAAGAGCAGAAAUGUGUGUCUCCUCAUGGCUCGGCCCGAGUGCCAGCUGGAGGGAGGCUGGUUGGAGGACGACAGGAACGACUUCCUGGACGGGCUGCACAUGGACAUGCUGGAGGAGCAGCAUCACCAGGCCAUGCAGUACACCGCCAGCAUGCUACAGCAGAACAUGCACCCUGGGUAUGCUGGGACGCAGGACGCAGUCACCAUCCUGUCCCUCCACCACGAGAAGGACAGCGGCCUGGGCCGCACGGACGACAGCACCCGCAACGACGAGAGCUCCGAGCAGGAGAACCUGGCCUACAGCCAGGACACGCUGGGCAGUGGAGACGCGCACCUGAGCAACGAGUCCUUCUUCUCGGCCGACGCCGACGCCGACUCCCUGGGCAUCCUGGAGGACGAGUGUGUAGACUUCCGCGAGCUGCUGGAGCUGAAGUGCCUGGUGCGUGGCGGCACUCAGGGCUAUGCCGCCGUCCCUUGCCAGGGUGCCCACCCCGGCGUGGUGAUGAUCGACGAUCCAGAGCUGGAGCUGCUGAACGCCGAGCUGCGGCACAUCGAGCUGGAGUGCCAGAGCAUCGUGCGGGCUCACCGCAUGCAGCGGCUGCACGAGCAGGUGUGCGGUGCAGGCGACAGCGGCAGCGGCGGCAGCAUCAGCCAUGCCGGCGAACCCUGGAUGCAUCACGGUGGGCUGCACAGGACGGACAUGCGUCAGGUCGAGCUCCGGGGGGUGAUGGACAAGGACAGCUCCAGCGCGUACAACACGGGCGAGAGCUGCCGCAGCAGCAGCACCCCGGCCCCCAGCACCCUGGAGCUGUCCUCCACCGGCUCCCCGAGGCACGGCGGCGACCAGGCGGCCGAGGCCGACCUCACCCCCAAACACAAGCCCGACGGCAGGGGCUCCAAGCACCUGCUCUCGCCCGUCCACGAGUCUAGCCCCUCUAGGAGUCGCUCGUCAGGCAAGCAGGCGAAGGCCGCGGCGGGGAGCAGACAGGGCGAGGUGGCGGCAGCGCCGGCUUCGAAGAGCUCCGCGAGGUCGCCGUCGCGCUCGCCGUACAAACACGCGUACAUCCCGGCCCACGCACAGCACUACCAGAGCUACAUGCAGCUCAUCCAGCAGCGGUCGGCCGUGGAGUACGGCCAGAGCCAGGCCAGCCUAGCCAGCGCGUGCCGCGGGGAGCGCGACAGCGUCGGUGGCGGCGAUGGCCUUCGCCCCGCGGAGCUUCACGGUGGCGGCGGAGGCCCCAAGGCCGAAUGGAAGGUGAAAGUGCGGAGCGACGGCACGCGCUACAUCACCAAGCGACCGACGCGUGGCCGGCUGCUGAGGGAGCGCGCCCUGCGCAUCUGCGAGGAGCGCUGCGGCGUCACCACGGACGACGACGCCGCCAGCGAGCUCAAGAUGGGCCGCUACUGGAACAAGGAGGAGCGCAAGCAGCACGCCAGCCGGGCCCGCGAGCAGCGGCAGCGCCGCGAGAUGCUCAAGCAGAGCCGCACCGAGGAGGCGAGAGAAGCGGCCGCCGGCUCCGGCGGAGGAGGAGUAGCGGACGACAGGAGGGAGCCUGACAUCAUUCAGCUCAGCCACAAGAAGAUGACGAGGAAGAGGAACCGGAAGAUCUUCGACAACUGGAUGACCAUCCAGGAGCUCCUGUCGCACGGCACGCGCUCCCCGGACGGCACGCGUGUGUACAACUCGCUCCUCUCCGUCACCACCGUAUAGAAGAGGGCCACCAAAACAACGGAUGUCUGCCUUACUGAGACCUCGUGACAUAAGUGUCGGACCUCCAAGGCAGGGAAGGCACAAGAUUUGAUGAGGUAAUCAAUCAUAGCCAUAUGAGAGAACAGAAGCCUGUCAAACAGACUGAGGACCAACGGGCCAGGCUUCUCAGAGAGCUGUGGCUUUGUGCUAGAGAGUGUGUCAAGGACAAAAUGAGCGAGCGUUAUACGUGUGGAUGUAUGGAAGGGAUAGUGUGUCUGUGAUUGACAAAAUGACUCCUUUUUCUAGACUUUUGUCAUUGUUCUCCUUCAAUCGAUAUCCCAGGGAAGACUUCACUGACCGUCAUUUUUUGGAUGUCAUGUAUUUCUGUACAUAUUGCCAUUAAAGAUUGAAUCUGAA